UCUCUCCUGUGGUAUUUGCACUUUGGCCACCGAGGAUCCUGCACAUUAUUAUAGAGAACAAAGUGGCAAACAGCAGACGGUUUCCACGCACUGUAAAUCCACCAUGUUUCAUCUAAAGAAUAUCAUCGCUUUCAUAUUAUUGUCUGUCUCCAUUUGUCAGGCUAAAAUAGGUGGUCAUCGGGCCUCAGAUACAACUACAACUAAAGUGACGGUACAGCCAUGGUUUAUUGGACUGGCAGCAGUUGUUGGCUUCCUUUUUAUUGUCUUUGUGCUCCUCAUUGCGAAAAGAUUAUUUUCCAAGAAAGACAAAGAUGAAAUGGAGGGAAAGAAGACAGAGGAUGUUAACUUUUAUGAAAACAAAGCAGUGGAUCUAGAGGCAGAUGAGACCAAGCAGACCACUUUUUAAUAAGCACUUCAGCUUUAAACUGCGACACAAAUCGAUUUAUGGCACAACUUUGUAUAAAUAAUUCUUAAGGGACUGUGUGUACACACACACACACACACACACACACACACACACACACACACACACACACACACACACACACAAUGUUGGUCUAAACCUGUAUGCUGAUAUUGUUUCUCUGAAAGACACAAUGAAAAAUGCUUUUCCAUGUCUGUUAUGCUUCAAAAGUCCUAAUGUGUUUCUAAUUUUUCCACAUUUGCAAGUUUUUAAACAACACAAAUGCAAGUAAACAAUGACUCAAUUUUCUUUUUCUUUUUUAAAUUUAACUUCUCUUUUUAUGUAUUAGAACAUGAGUAAUUUAUUUGAAUGUGGCCAUGCUGUGGUUUACUAAUAAACAAUUAGUAAACAAUU